UCAAGAGAACAGGAAACCCAAGUUGACGGGAAACCCAAGUGACAUUUGGUUUUAAUGAAUGACUUAAAACCCCAAUAUUGCUCGCCAGGAAAUGGGGAGAGGAAAUUGAGCGAUGUUUUGAGAGUAUAAAUUAGGGGCUCCAUCAAGGUGAAGGCUACAGAUCUGCUUUUAACCCUCCUGUGAAAUUCAGCCGAGAGCUGGACCAAGAGGCAAGCAGCUCAUUCUCACAGCAUGCAAAGCCGCCCAGCCCUGCUCUUGCUGCUCCUGGCUGCCAGCGCCCUGCCUGCCAGGUGCUCGCCCCCCAAGCCCAGCUGCCUCCACUUCUCGGAGCUCCUGCCUGCAAAGCUCAGAGAGCUGAGGAUCAAGUUUGAGGAAAUUAAGGAUUAUUUUCAAUCAAAAGAUGAUGAACUGAGCAUCCAGCUGCUCAGCUCCGAACUGCUGGAUGAAUUUAAGGGGACCUUUGGCUGCCAGUCGGUGUCGGAGAUGAUGCGGUUCUACAUGGAGGAGGUCCUGCCCAGCGCCAUGAGGACCAGCACGGACCACCAGCAGAGCAUGGGCGACCUGGGCAACCUGCUGAUGAGCCUGAAGGCAACGAUGAGCCGCUGU